AUGAGUGAACAGAGUAUCUGUCAGGCAAGAGCUGCUGUGAUGGUUUAUGAUGAUGCCAAUAAGAAAUGGGUGCCAGCUGGUGGCUCAACUGGGUUCAGCAGAGUUCAUAUAUAUCACCAUACAGGCAACAAUACAUUCAGAGUGGUGGGCAGGAAGAUUCAGGACCAUCAGGUUGUGAUAAAUUGUGCCAUUCCUAAAGGGUUGAAGUACAAUCAGGCUACACAAACCUUCCACCAAUGGCGAGAUGCCAGGCAGGUGUAUGGUCUCAACUUUGGCAGCAAAGAGGAUGCCAAUGUCUUCGCAAGUGCCAUGAUGCAUGCCUUAGAAGUGUUAAAUUCACAGGAAGCAGUGUUCUAUUUAGGGCCAACAUUGCCUAGACAAAAUUCACAACUACCUGCUCAAGUUCAAAAUGGUCCAUCCCAAGAAGAAUUGGAAAUUCAGAGAAGGCAACUGCAAGAACAGCAACGACAGAAGGAGAUGGAAAGGGAAAGGCUGGAGAGAGAAAGAAUGGAAAGGGAAAGGUUGGAGAGAGAGAGGCUGGAGAGGGAACGGCUGGAACAAGAGCAGCUGGAAAGAGAAAGGCAAGAACGAGACCGGCAGGAGCGCCUGGAGCGGGAGAGGCUAGAGCGCCUGGAGCGGGAGAGGCAAGAAAGGGAGCGACAGGAGCAGCUGGAAAGGGAACAGUUGGAAUGGGAAAGAGAACGCAGAGUAUCGAAUGCUGCUCCAUCUUCAGACAGCUCCCUGUAUAACGCUCCACUUCCUGAGUAUUCCAGUUGCCAGCCUCCUUCAGCACCUCCUCCAUCAUAUGCUAAAGUCAUCUCAGCUCCAGUGUCAGAUGCCACUCCUGAUUACGCUGUAGUGACUGCUUUGCCACCUACUUCCACACCCCCUACACCACCAAUGCGACACUCAGCGACACGUUUUGCAACAUCUUUAGGUUCAGCCUUCCACCCAGUUCUUCCCCAUUAUGCUACAGUUCCUCGUCCUCUGAACAAAAACUCUCGACCUUCUUCUCCUGUGAACACACCCUCUUCUCAGUCUCCAGCUGCGAAGCCUUGUGCCUGGUCUACUUCCAAUUUCUCGCCCCUCCCUCCAUCUCCUCCAAUAAUGAUUAGCAGUCCCCCCGGCAAAGCUACUGGCCCAAGACCUGUCCUCCCCGUUUGUGUUUCUUCUCCUGUGCCCCAAAUGCCUCCAUCACCGACAGCACCCAAUGGGCUGCUGGACUCAGUAGCAUACCCAGUGUCUCCACCGCCUACCUCAGGGCCAGCAGCGCCGCCACCGCCGCCGCCUCCACUGCCUUCCCUCGCAUCACUCUCACACUGUGGAUCUCAAGCUUCUCCUCCUCCAAGCACCCCUAUUGCCUCAACUCCCUCAUCCAAGCCCAGUGUUCUCCCUUCUCCCUCUGCAGCUGCCCCUGCCUCUGUGGAGACUCCUCUAAACUCUGUGCUGGGAGACUCCUCUGCUUCUGAGCCAGGCUUGCAGGCAGCCUCUCAGCCGUCCGAGACUCCAGCCCAACAGGGUGUUGUUUUAGGACCACCUGCACCCCCGCCUCCCCCACCACUCCCACCAUGUCCUGCUCAGGCCUCAGCACUUCCUCCUCCCCCAGGACCUCCUCCACCACCUCCACUGCCAUCCUCCGGGCCUCCACCUCCCCCUCCUCCUCCCCCACUUCCUAAUCAAGUGCCCCCUCCUCCACCACCACCUCCUGCCCCUCCCCUCCCCGCAUCUGGAUUUUUCUCGGGAUCUGUGUCAGAAGACAAUCGCCCUUUAACUGGACUUGCAGCUGCAAUUGCUGGAGCAAAACUUAGGAAAGUGUCACGGAUGGAGGAUGCCUCUUUCCCAAGUGGAGGAAGUACCAUCAGCGUGAACUCAUCCAAAACAGAUACAAGUCGUGGAAAUGGACCACUUCCUUUAGGGGGUAGUGGUUUAAUGGAAGAAAUGAGUGCCCUGCUGGCCAGGAGGAGAAGAAUUGCUGAAAAGGGAUCAACAGUAGAAGCAGAACAAAAAGAGGACAAAAGUGAAGAUUCAGAGCCUGUAACUUCCAAGGCUUCUUCAACAAGCACACCUGAACCAACCAGAAAACCUUGGGAAAGGACAAAUACAAUGAAUGGUAGCAAGUCACCUGUUAUCUCCAGACCAAAAUCCACACCCUCGUCACAGCCCAGUGCCAAUGGAGUCCAGACAGAAGGACUCGACUAUGACAGACUGAAGCAGGACAUUUUAGAUGAAAUGAGAAAAGAAUUAACAAAGCUAAAAGAAGAGCUCAUUGAUGCAAUCAGGCAGGAACUGAGCAAGUCAAAUACUGCAUAGAGAAGCAAACUAAGGAGAGAUACAGAACUUUUUAAUCUGGAGAGAAAAAGAAAAAUUUCCUAGAAUCCCCCUACUUUUCCCUCCCCCUCCCCCCAACCCCACAAUGAUUUUAUGAGCUAUAAGAAGAAAAUGGAGACAACCAGUCAGAAGGAGGGAGAAACCGACAUCCUCUGAAAGCCUUCAGAUAUUAUGACUGGCGAUCAGUUAUUUCCCUCCCAGUUUGCUGCUUUUUUCUGACCUUUACCACAGGAUGGAAGAGAGUCGUAUAUGAGUUCCUGUUAACGGUUAUGCAGAAAAUACUAAGCUCGUCAGGCAAGAUCACCAUGCAUUGAAAUAUUUUCAUGUUGAGAUAAAACUGCACAUUUUCCACAUUGCUAAAAUAAAGAAGAGAAAGGCUUAUGAAGUUUUUUUUCGCCCCCUAGAGAGUGCUGAUGAAGAAUUUAGCAAGUUCUGCUAUUGUAUUGUAAAUGUUUCUCAGGUUUGUCUUCCUAUCAUAUUUGAUAUUCCAUGAAUAAUGAGAUCAGCCCUGUGUAGGUUAAGAUCAUAAACUGGAACAAAUGAAAUUAUAUUUGCUUUCAAAGGGUGAUAUUUGUCAGAAAGUGUCCUAAAAAUGAUUGGUCCAGCUUGAGGAAUUUUAGAAUGAUAGGAAGUCUCUCAAGUUAGCCUUCAUGCAAUUUUGUAGUUUAAAACAUAAAAUUCAUCCAGAAUUUAAAGAUUUAGAUGCCUUCCUAAAUUGUUACAAUGCUUUACCAAAUCUAUGACUUCUACAUAACACAAACCAGUGGUCAAAUGUAAAACAAUAUACUGUAGAUUUACUGUAGGUUUUCAACCUUUUUUAGAUUUAUGCAUGUGGACAUUUUUAUAAUGUACUUACAGUCACCACAAUGUUAGCUUUUUUAAUUGCAAACAGUAAUGCAUGUCACACUAAUAUGUAGUGGCCUUUUCAAGGCUGAGUCCCAGGGAAAACAUUUUGUAGAAUAUAGGGAAAUGGGAGGAAGGGAAGGAAUAAUUUUUUAUUUGAAGUUAAUUUCUGCACUAUCUUUUUUCUCAAUUACCUGCAUGAAUAAUAAUGAGGAAUAUUUUGUGACUUUAAUUGGUAAAUAUGUUAACAAAACCAAGUACUUAACCUUUUACAUCAUGUCUUCAGCUAUUUGUAUUUUAACCGGUAAUUUCAAUGGUCUGAAACAUGAUACUGAGUUUCACAUUAAUUAAAUCUUAUUGUGGAACUCAAAGAGUUUGAUCACUGAAUUUGGCAGUUAUUAAUACCUAGGUACCCCUGCAGUGAUACAGGUGUUCAGGUACAUGAUCCUGAUGAUGCAGCUGCCUUUGAAUUUUGUUAUGUUGAAAUACAAGAAAUAACAAUGAUGGCAGCAAUUAAGGUCACAGAAACCAUUAGCUAAAGGGAAACCAUUGAAGAGUUCUGCAGUUUUCUUUUUUAACAAAGUGAGACUUCGGUGGUGGGAAGGAGUAAGAUACUUUAUUAUCACCCUGUGUUGGGUGUGGGUGGGUGUGCGCUUGCGUGCAGUGUGUGUGUGUGAUCCACUCCCUUCUCUUUGAAACUGGUAAGAUUAAAAUAGGGCAGAAAUCCUAUAUGUUACAAUUACAGAUUUCUGGAAAAUUUAGGAAAUCAACCAUUCUCCAGGCUCUCCAUCUUAUGCUUGAGUUGUUAUGUGCCAUAAUUGCUUUUAAUUCUCUUAUAAUCAAAUCUUACACUAAAAUUCGGAAGAAAUAAUCCACCUUCAUCUGCUUUCUAGAUUUUGUACAUCUCAGUUCUAAGACAAAGCUUAUUGAUAGCAUAAUUUUCUACACUCUGCAGAUUUGCAGUUGUUACCACUACAAAAAAGUUUGAGGGAAUUUUUUCCUUGUUAAAAUAGUUUCUAUUUCUGUAGAAACUUCAUUUUUAGAUUAAAUUGUGAUGGGUGAGCUAUCAUAAUUCAAGAGUAAACAGGUCUUUUUUCUAUCAAGUAUUCAUUGUCAUGUGAUAGUAGUAAAGGCAUUAAAGAUGCAGCAAGCUUAUAAAUUACUAUUCUCUAAAGGAAAUAGGAGGCAUUUUCAUCUUUAUUAUUGUUCUUUUAGACACUUUGAUAAUAUAAAUGUUUAUGUCCCCUAUUAAAUCUGGUCAGAAAUCACUUUUGAUUUUGUUGGGUAAGUUAAAUAGUCUAUAGUGGGUAGAGUACUGAGUACAAGUGGUCCAAAGUAAGAUUAAAAAACUAAAAUAAAAUGCUAAAUCUUAAAAGAAACUGGUUUAUGCACUAAACGUUUUGUGCCUUGGUCUAAUAUUAACAUGAUGUCUGUGUAAAAUGAC